GUGUGUUUGUGGUGCCAUGGCUGCUGCAGCGGAGUCUCGGAGCACAAAAUCCUCCGACCUCCGUCCCGCAGGGCCGGAUUAAACAUCUCCACAUGUUUGUCCGGUGUUUCUCCCGGGUGCGUUCAGCGAUGGAAAACCUGAGGCCGGUGGUCCUGAGCGGGCCCUCGGGGGCCGGGAAAAGCACCCUGCUGAAGAAGCUGAUGGGGGAGUACGACAACGUGUUCGGCUUCAGCGUCUCACAUACAACCAGGAGCCCUCGGGCUGGAGAAGUAAACGGAAAACAUUACCACUUCGUGACGCGGGACGAGAUGCAGUCCAGCAUCGACGGCGGCGACUUCAUCGAGAGCGCCGAGUACUCGGGCAACCUGUACGGGACGAGCAAGGCGGCCGUGCACGCCGUCCAGAAGAACAACCUCAUCUGCAUCCUGGACAUCGACAUGCAGGGAGUGAAGAGCAUCAAGAAGACCGACCUGAAUCCCAUCUACAUCUCCAUCCAGCCGCCCACCCUGCAGACACUGGAAAAGCGUUUAAGAGACCGAAAAACAGAGACGGAGGAGAGCCUGCAGAAGCGCCUCAAAGCUGCCGAAGAGGAAAUCGCCUUCAGUAAACAGCCGGACGUGUUCGAUCACAUCGUCAUCAACGACAAGCUGGACGAGGCGUACGAACAGCUGAAACAAGCUCUGAUGGAGGAAAUAAAUAAGGUGAAGAAUAUCAACUCCUCUUCGUAGGAAUCGGCAGCCUCGACCACACUCCUCCUCACACCACAGACCUCCAUUCCACUCUCGUACAUUCCCUCCGAUAAACACAGCGUUGCCAUCCCAUUCACACAUCAUACAAUCCCUGUUCAGCCGUAGCUUUUUGUUGCUAAAAUUUACAGACAUGACAUUGGUUUUUUUUUUUUUUAUGUUUUAAUUUUGUACUUAUGUAAAGAAAAACUCCAUCUUUUCUUACUUGAAACACAGCCAGCUCAUUCCAUCCACUGGCAGCUGCCACACACACCUGCCAGGAAUUCCACCUCUGCAGCAUCAAGCGAGGCUUCCGUUCAACUCCACGUUUGUUUUGAGCUGGACUUUGUCGUACCCACGUGUUUGCUAAUAUUCUGCCUCUCGUGUCCGUAAACUCGUCCGCGGGGAACGAGGCGGCACCAAACAGGAAAAUGAUUCCAGCUUUAGUUUGGAAAAAAGAUUUCUACUGUUUUUGUUUGCUGGAUAACUUUAGAUAUAUGUUGUGUAGAGAUUUACAGAAGCUUUAUUGCAUCGGCACACCAAGAAAACAAUUGUUCUGUUUUUCUGAAGUAACGAGGAGUUUUUAUCCAAAAAAACAAUUAGUGGGAUUAUAUUUGUUAGAUAAAAGAAUUCUUUGGUUGUACUUUUUACUGAAUGAUAACAUUUGUAUUUUUUUUUUAUAUUUAAAUGCAUAAAAUUUAAUCAAAUCAUUGUUUAGCUCAGUGAUGCUCAUCAUUUAUUAUCAAUUCAGAUUAACAAAGCCAUAAAUUCUUAUUUUAUUUUUUUUAAAUCAUGAAACCCUUCCUCCUUACUUUCAAAGAACAGAGCAAAUUUUUUCCCUUUACAUGAAUGCAAUAAACCUUCGUGGAACAUAGCUGAAGUAGAACCUUUCCUUAGAAUUAAACUGACUCAUCUCUUCUCAAACUAUAGUGCGUCGUACAUUUUGAGGAAUAAAAUCUUAAUUAUCUUCCUGAAAAUGCACCAAAGGUCCACUUUUUGAAUGUUUUCUUGUUAAAGGUUCAACAUGUAAGAUUUAAGCAGAGCGAUAUUUGCGGGGGCAGUGUCAACAUCAAUACAGUGACAUGCAACAUCACCUGCUGGUAUAAGGUGGUAUUGCACAGAUUGGGGCUGCUCUACACUCUCAGUAGUGAUUUUAAACUGUCCUGAAAGUUGCAAAAUAUAACUGGAGUCACAACACAUAGUAGUGUGUAGCUGCCCGAUGUUCUCCAGCUUGUGUAAUCCCUUUAUCUACCAAAAGGUGGUGUGUUGAGUCACUCAGAGGAACAGUUAGCGUUCUACAGUCUGACGUCUCAGGUGUCCCCCACGGCCUUCACUUAAAUAUUAGGUAUUGAUCCUUUGAUACAGACUGACGUACACUUUGAUGUAUUUUUAUCUUUAUCUUGAAGGAGGCAACAAUGGAGGAUAUUAAACUGUUUGAAAUGUGUAAUCUCAAUAUUGCUGGACUGUUUCCCAUUCUGUAACAUUGAAAAGUUUUGUUUUAUUUGUUUUUAAAUGUUACACAGAUUCAAGCACAGGACAUUUUUCAUGUUAACUUUUUUAUUUUUUAAAUCAGACUUUCUGUUCUUUGAAAAUACUUAUAACCAGUCAUUCCUUUGUUUAUUAUGUAGAAUUUCAUAUAAAAAUGUUACACCAUGGUUUUUAAAGACUUUACAGUCCUCUGAUUAGUCUGAACUAAUCUAAAAUGUGUGUGUUGUCAGAAAAUAAUCUUUCCCGUGUUUGUUUGUCUUCAGUUAAGUUCUGUUAUGUGUUGAAACUUCAAUAAACUCAAUGUGGUACACGACAAAGGAAAGAACACCA